GAACAUGCAGAAGGCCAACCUCUUAUCACUUGCUGCACGAGGCGUCAUAAUUGACCAGCGUUGCUAAUAAACCUGCACGAUCAAACACGCCAGACGGAGGAAAAAAAUCAGCCGGAAAAGUUUCUUAUAAUAUAGGUGAACAGGCAAACGGGGUGAAGAGAGUCUUGUCUAACCUCAAAAGGAGGUCAGCAUACAAGACGCCCACACACCCGAAGCACCAAAAACAAGCCACCCGGAAUGAACAGCUAAGUUAACGGGUGGAGUUUGUGCCCAGCCGAGAGAAAGGAGCGCUUUGAGCUCCUUCCCUUGAAGUCCCGCGGGGGAGUCGAGUCCUGCGGCGCCGUCUCCCGAGAGACCAGAAUGCAAAACACUUCACGUCACAAGGCACAUAGAACGUCGCUUCUCCGAGCAGCCCUCGGCGUUUUAAAGGGGCCGCCUGAGAUGCAGUGAGAAGGGAGUUGGCGCGCGGAUUAUGGAAGGAUUUUCUCAGACCUCAGACCAGAAAAAUCGGGAUGAUGAAGGCAAUGAUCCAGAUGGCAAAGAUACUGGAAAUGGAAGUUCAUCUUCUGAAGCUGAUAAUUCUGAUAAGUCUUCCAAAGAAAUCAAAGUAGGAGAAAUUAAUGGUAGUCCAGAUAAGAGAUCAGAUAGAGCUUCUUCAGAGAGAAAAAUUGAGUUGUCUUCCCCAAGUGCCACAGAGACAUCAACAUCAAGCACAGGAAAAACCAAGAGCUUUCCAAGGAUAUUGGGAGGAGUUCGGAGAGAAAGUGAAAUCAGCAGGGAAAUAUUGGACACCAUUGCUGAUAUGCCUCAGAGACCCUUAGAAAUAUCUGUCUCAAUGCAGACAGAUGCAAGUUGGAUUCAUGACCACAUCUACAUGAGAAAGGCUCCCUUUUCAGCUCCAAAGGAGCGCCAAGAAGAGGUUCAUCCUGAGAAUGAUAUCUAUGCUGUUGUGCCCCAAGAUCUCAGCUGCUUAGACAUUUUAUGCGACACAGAGUUUACAGAAGACUUCUUAAAACUGUUUCAAGAAUCUCUGCAGACAAUUUCCAGUGUGGGCCCACCUACUAUUAUAGCUUAUAGACCAGAGUCAUCAAGAGCAGAUAUUCACAUUGAGGUUCCGAAGGAAACCCUAGAAACCUGUGAAUUCUGUGGCAGCCCCAUAAAAUACUUUCCUUCAUUUGAAAGUCUGGAACACAUAGCAGAAUGGGGAGAUCUUUUCUGUUGCCAGCAAUGCCGGGAGCUUCAUGAGUUCAUUGUCAGUGAAAAAAAUCGCUAUCCAGACAAAAUGAAGAUGAUUGAUAUUGCCCCUCAUAAGGCCCAUGGAAGUCAAGCUGACCGAGAACGGGCAAAAGAAAGAGCUCGAGAAAGGCUCAGAGAGAGACAAAUGGCAAAACAAAUUGCCUUCAUGGCUGUAGAAGCAGAAAAGAGUGCACUUCCAAUACAUCUCCCUGAAUACAAUAAACAGCUUAAAACAAUUUCCUUCUUCCUGUCUCAAGAGACACCUUCUUCAGCAAGAAUUUAUUCACCAGUAAUUAAAGAAGCAGAGAUUGUGGACAAUACAUACACCAUCUCUUGCUGUGAUUUCACUAUUGCAGGUGGAAAGUUGGUGAAAAACCAAUUCAUACAACAGUACUACAAAAAUGGUGUGAAGUUCCUUACCAUGUUUCCGGAUGGCACUGCACAAAUAUUCUAUCCAUCUGGAAAUCUAGCAAUUAUUGUUGUACAGAAGAAUGAAAAUGCAGGGUACAUUUGUAUAGUCCAAGAAGAUAAGCACGAGAAGCCCGAAAUCCAGGCAGUAUUUGACUCUUGUGGGAAAGGAACUUGUUAUCAUCCAAACCAAAUUGUAUGGAUAAAUAUUACUAUUCGAGGAGGACAUUACUCAGAUCAAGCUGGCAACAAAGUGAAAACAUGGAAUUGGCCCAACAAUUUACAGAAGCACAAUCCCCGUGUAUCAUUUAAACCCAUCUUUCUGUCCUUGAACCUUAAUGUUGGUGUCAGGAUACUCGGGCAAGAUAAAAUUGCCAUUUCUUUUCUUGCAAUGGGAAAACAAGCAAAAAUCAAUGUAGGAACCAAAGUGCAGCCACUUGCUGAACACCUUCCAUGGCCAAAGUACGUAGCUGAAGAUGACCUUCUGCUUUUCGCCAAUAGAUUAAAGAUUCUUCGCAUCUUUGCUAAACUGAAUAGAUAUUUAGACUUUCCUGCCAGUGACUGGUGGACUAAACUGGAGCUCCCUUCAUUUCUUUUGAAACAGACUUCGAAGUUAAUGUAUCUUUGUAAAGAAUGUGAAAUAGACUGUGCUCUGGAUAAGUUAAUAAUGACAAUACUAAAUUCACCAGUUUGAUCAACAGCUGAUAGUUGAUUGAUGUUGACUGAACAGUGUUAAAGUCACUUGCUUGUUUAAAAUAUUUAAUAUUAAUCUGUUGAAUUCAGUAAGCAAAUUUAUUUGUAUUUAAUAUUUAUGUAUUCGUAAAAUAUACUAUAUAUGGGUAUCUUCUUGAAUGUUUGUCGCAUUAGAAAAUAUAAAUAUGAAGCAAACUUCAGUAAGUAAACUGAAUUAUAUGCCAUAGGAUUCAGUAACUAUUCAUAAAACUCUAGAUCCAUUUUGCUAUGGUUAAAAAAAAUCAUAAACUUUUUAAGGCCAUAUUCUUAUACUAACCCACAUAAUUCAUCUGCUUUUUUUAUUUCUCCACACCUUUAAGCAAAAUAAUAAAUAAAACAGGAUGGUUGGGCUGAAGAAGAGGAUGCUUGCAUUUAGUUACAAUCUGGAUGGAAUUAGAUCCUACCAGGCAGUCAUGUUUUCAGAUUACAGAUAAAAGUUUUGUAAAAGCUGUUGGGAAAAAAAAAUUGUUGUUCCCACUGUCUGAAAUCAAACCAUCCAGUUGUUACUCAGACUCAUGUCCAUCUUUAGGGAAAAUACCUAAUGCACCUUUAUUAAGUGUAAAAUCAAUAGUGGAGAAAAAGGUAUCUUUUAUAUAAACAACCCUAGUCUUGAUAUAUUAACAAAGUUUUAUCUACUACACUUGGAGGAAACUAUUUUCUAGGAUGUAUAUUCCACAAUCAGAAAAUAAAACUUUCCAUAUAUAA